AUGCCGCCACAAGGACCGACGACCGCCGUCACUCGCGAGCCCCACGGCAGCAACGGCGGCGUUGGGCACAGCGAUGACGAUGCGGACCCAGAACGCUCACCCCUCCUCACCUUACCACGCAAAGAAACCCCACUUCCUAUCCGCUCGAUCACCAUCCUCAUGCUGCUCCGCUUCGCCGAGCCCAUCAACUUCACCAUCAUCUUCCCAUUCGUCAACGACAUGGUGUACCGCCUCGGCGCCACACACGACAAAGCCCACGUCGGCUUCUACGCAGGUAUCAUCGAAUCGCUCUUCUCCGUCUCGCAGACCUGCACCAUCCUGUUCUGGGGCAGCCUGUCGGACCGCAUUGGGCGCAAACCGGUGCUGCUGACAGGAUUGGCAGGUGUAGCUUGCUCGGCGGUGCUGUUUGGGCUGAGCCGUUCGUUCACGUGGGCGGUGUUGGCGCGGUCGAUGGCGGGGGCGACCAACGGAAAUGUUGCAAUUGUCAAGAGUGUGAUGGGCGAGUUGACGGACAGCACGAACCAGGCGAAAGCUUUUAGUCUGCUGCCGUUGACCUGGACGAUUGGGUGUCUGAUCGGACCGCUGCUCGGAGGGUAUUUGAGUAGACCGGCAGAACAGUAUCCGAACGUGUUUGGGGCGGACAAGUGGGCCGGACUGGGUGGACUCUGGGUCGAGUUCCCGUACCUGCUGCCGUGUGCGCUGUCGGCCUGCAUUACGAUGUGUAGCAUCACACUGGGGUUUUUCUUCCUGGAGGAGACGCUGCCGGAGAUUGUGGAGCGCAAGAGUUUGCAGAAGCUGCAACUGGAAGGCCGGGCCAACGGUGGCGCUGGCGCAACGGGACAAGGUUACGGAUCUACGGAAAACCGUACCGCUCUAACGGCUGCAAUCGUCCCGAACGGUGAGUCUACAGCAAAUCGCACCGAACCGUCGCGGCGACGCCAAUCGCACGCAAGACGGGCCUCGUCCUCUUCGAUCCGUGUACAAAGCUGGCACUCUGGCUACACUCCGACGGACACCCCGCACCGCACCCCGUCUCCUCCGGCUUCCCCCACCCAACCAGCAACCUCACCCGAACCGCAUGCCACCACGUCCGUCCUGGACCUGCUUUCGAUCAAACAGAUCCAAAAAGUCAUGAUCUCGUACGCCUUUCUCGCGCUCAUCGCCAUCGCGCUCGACUCUGUCUUCGUACUGUACCUGUACGAACCCGUUUCACUCGGCGGAGUCGGCUUCACCUCGAACUCGACGGGGAUUCUGCUCAGCAUCAACGGGCUUGGAGGCGCGCUGGUGCAGCUGUUCCUCUAUCCACCUCUUCAGAAGCGGCUGGGGACGCUGCGGCUGUAUCGGCUGUCGUUUAUGGCCUUUCCGUUGUCGGUGGUCCUGAUGCCUUUGGCGAAUGUUGUUGCGCGCGCGGGGGAGGGCGCUACGGGCAGCGAUGCAGAUUGGUACACGUACGUGGUGUGGGGCUGCCUGGUUGUCAGCACGGCGGUGCGCGUCGUGGGCGGGCUGGCGUUCGUUGCCAACAUGAUCCUCGUCAACCAGUGCUCGGCGCUCACGAGAGCGACGGCGUUGGGCAAGCUCAACAGUUUAGCUCAGAUGAGCAGCAGCUGCACUAGAGCCGUGGGGCCCUACUUCGCGAAUAUACUCUUUGCGUUCAGCGUCACGCGCAACUUGCUCGGUGGACAGUUGGUUUGGUUGAUCUUGGGCGUUGUCGGCAUGAUUGGUCCCCUCGUUUGCAUGCUCAUCGAAGAUCUGGAGGAGCAGUAA